CCCCGCCCUCUCUCGUCUUCUUCCCUUUCCCGCCUGUUCUCGUCUGUGGAAAGGCUGUAGGCGUCGGCUUCAGCCUGAACUGUACUCGCGGCCCCUCUCUCCUGCGCCCCUGAACUGGUUUGGAGAAUUUGAAAUCUACGAUAAAUUUCCUGACCACCAGGAUCUUAGGCAAUAUUAGAAGCUACUGGGUGAGAGUGCUGGACCUUAGCAGCUGGGUUGAAGGUAGAAGAAAUGAAUUCUGCAGAUACACUUGAUGAUGAAGAUACUUUUAAAAUUUUGGUUGCAACAGACAUUCAUCUGGGAUUUAUGGAGAAAGAUGCAGUCCGAGGAAAUGAUACAUUUGUAACAUUGGAUGAAAUUUUGAGGCUUGCCCAGGAAAAUGAAGUGGAUUUUAUUUUGUUAGGUGGUGAUCUUUUUCAUGAAAACAAGCCCUCAAGAAAAACAUUACAUACUUGUCUGGAAUUAUUAAGAAAAUACUGUAUGGGUGAUCGUCCAGUACAAUUUGAAAUUCUCAGUGAUCAAUCAGUCAACUUUGGUUUUAGUAAGUUUCCAUGGGUGAACUACCAAGAUGGCAAUCUCAACAUUUCUAUUCCAGUUUUUAGUGUUCACGGCAAUCAUGAUGAUCCUACAGGGGCAGAUGCUCUCUGUGCAUUGGAUAUUUUGAGUUGUGCAGGAUUGUUGAAUCACUUUGGACGUUCAAUGUCUGUAGAAAAGAUAGAUAUUAGUCCUAUUUUGCUUCGAAAAGGCAGCACAAAAAUUGCUCUCUAUGGGUUAGGAUCUAUUCCAGAUGAAAGGUUGCAUCGAAUGUUUGUCAAUAAACAAGUAACAAUGUUGAGACCAAAGGAAGAAGAGAAUAGUUGGUUUAACUUGUUUGUGAUUCAUCAAAACAGAAGUAAGCAUGGAGCCUCGAACUACAUUCCAGAACAGUUUUUGGGUGACUUCAUUGAUCUUGUUAUUUGGGGUCAUGAACAUGAGUGUAAAAUAGCACCAACCAAAAAUGAGCGGCAGCUCUUCUAUGUUUCACAGCCUGGAAGUUCAGUGGUUACUUCCCUUUCCCCAGGAGAGGCUGUAAAGAAACAUGUUGGCUUACUGCGCAUUAAGGGGAGAAAGAUGAAUAUGCAAAAAAUUCCUCUAAAGACAGUACGACAGUUUUUCAUAGAGGAUAUUGUACUUGCUGAUCAUCCAAAUAUUUUUAAUCCAAAUAGUCUUAAAGUAACUCAAGCAAUACAAAAUUUUUGUUUGGAGAAGGUUGAAGAAAUGCUUGAAAUUGCUGAAAGAGAACGUCUGGGAAAUCCCCGGCAGCCUGAAAAACCUCUCAUAAGAUUAAGAGUUGACUAUACAGGAGGAUUUGAACCUUUCAGUGUUCUCCGCUUCAGCCAGAAGUUUGUGGAUCGGAUAGCUAAUCCAAAAGAUGUUAUUCAUUUUUUCAGACAGAGAGAGCAAAAGGAAAAAACAGAAGAGAUCAACUUUGGGGAGCUUAUCACAAAACCUCCUACGGAAGGACCUACUAUAAGGGUAGAAGAUCUUGUGAAGAAGUAUUUUCAGACUGCAGAGAAAAAACUGCAACUUUCUCUUCUAACAGAGCGAGGGAUGGGUGAAGCAGUGCAAGAGUUUGUGGACAAAGAAGAGAAAGAUGCCAUAGAGGAACUGGUAAAAUACCAGUUGGAAAAAACACAGAGAUUUCUUAAAGAACGUCACAUUGAUGCAGCAGAAGAUAAAAUUGAUGAAGAGGUACGUCAUUUCAGAGAGAGCAGAAAAAAGAAUACUACUGAGGAGGAGGAAGAGGUUCGAGAGGCAAUGAAUAGGGCCAGAGCCCACAGAGCCCAGUCAGAAGACUUAUCUUCAGAAUUUAGUGUUGAUGACCUUGCAAGUAUAGAUAUGGCAGAACAAAUGGCCAAUGAUUCAGAUGACAGCAUCUCAGCAACAUCCAGCAAAGGAAGAGGCCGAGGGAGAGGUCGAAGAGGUGGAAGAGGACAGAAUUCAACAGCAAGAGGGGGUGCUCGCAGGGGAAGAGGAAGCACUCAGGAGACGUCUGUUCGAAGCCGGGGUUCUAAAGCCUUUUCAUCUUCACCAACAAAAAACAUGUCUAUCAUUGACGCCUUUAAAUCUGCACGACAACAACCCACCCGUAGUGCCACCAGUAAGAAUUACUCAGAGGUUAUUGAAGAUGAUGAUUCUGACAUGGAAGAUGACAUUUUUCCCACUACUUCCAAAGUAGAUAAAAAGUUCUCAGGCGUUACAUCUAGCAGAACGAGUUCCCAGAGCCAGACAGCUAAAGGAGUUGAUUUUGAAUCAGAUGACGAUGACGACGAUCCCUUUAUGAACAUGAAUGUAUCCAGAAGAAAUAGAAGAUAAUUUCUGUUAGCUUUUUGAAUUUAAUGACACUCUGAAAUACUCAGGAUUCAUGCAACAGUCAGCAAACAUUGCAGAAAUUUUACAGUUGAAUAUAUUAAGAACAGUUUGUUUUGUUAAACACUUCCUUUUAAAAUUACCUGUGUUGCAGUUGACAGCAGUGGAAUAUCUUUUAAGAGGAUGAUUAUUAAUUAAAGAGAUUAGGACAUUGGAGUCUAUAUUUUUGAGUAUUUUCUGAUAAUGGUUCAAAGAUCUUAAUUUAUCAGACUUUACAAACCUUUUGUUACAGCUCCAGUAUACAGUUUAACAGCAUUAUUCUUUAAUAUGUUGUUAUCAGGAUGUUACCACUUUCUGGGAAUGUAGUAACUCAUAAAAUAUAUGAUAACAUUUACCCCCCACCACGUAUGUGUAUAUAUAUGUAUGUGUUUGUGUAUACAUAUGAGUCAUAUAUACAAACAUACACAUAUAUAUAUAUGCAUGUGGAUUGAUAUGUUAGAGAAUAGCUUUACUUUCUUCUUGGAUUGUUGAUUGAGAGAAGGAGGAAUAGAACAUCUAUCAAUCUACAGUGCUGCUUUGUGAAGUAAUAAGAAAAAUUAUGUUACAAUUACCAGAUGUAACCAUAGUCUGAGGAAACUAGUUUAUAAGAAUUGUUUUCAUAAUCCAAAUUAAACUAGUUCUUGAUCUCCUGUUAGUAAAAUUAAAUAGACCAAAAAACAAACAAACAACAACAAAAACCAGGAACCAGUCUCCAUUUCUAUUUUGGAUUGUUUUUCUUUUCUUUUUUUUUUGUUAUACUUUGUUACCACUUAGUGUUAAUUGAUGUUUUUCACAUAAUUUCAGUUCAAUUCAACCAAGAUUUGUUUAGCAUUUACUUUGUACAACACUGUCCAGACUGCUAGGACAAAAACAAUUUAAACAGUCUCUUCCCUCAUGAAAUUUACUUGUGGGCUAUAUGGCACAAAGUAAGACUUAAAGGAUCAACGAUUCUGUCAGAGUAGGUACCUCUUGCCCCCAGUGCAAAUUGUCGUCCAUCUAAACCUCAGCUGAUGGCCUCUGGUGACGAGCCUCUCUGACAUGCAGUCAAUAACUGGACUCAUAAUUGGAACUUUUUCAGCUUGGUAGAAGCUACCAGAAUGUGUGCUCCACCAUUGGUAAAACAUGAGGUCACCUCCAUAACAUGAGGCAUUGGAAUAGGACUUUAGUGGAAGACACAUAACAAUAAUGCAAAAUAAUAUGUAAGUCCAUCAUAGAGGUGCAAAGUAAGUGAAGAUGGAGGGAGGAAAGAUGAAGGAUUAAGUCUAAAUGUUGAUACUAGAAUAUGCAACAAACCUAUUCUCUGUCAUACUUAUGUAGGGAAUUUGAUAUCUGCUUCAGUAGUAAAAAUCUUAAAACUACCCAUUGAGUAUUAAUAAUUCUUUACAUUUCCUUUUGUUCUUAUUACUAAUGAUUUUUUUUCCUGAUGUAUCAUGCAUUUGCUGUAUAUUUUUAGGAGAAAAAUGAAAGGUUUUUAAAGAAUAUGAAAAAUGUGCAGCUCAUAAUGUUUUGUGUUUGCCAGACAAUUACAGUUCACUUGAGCUAUUUGUAUCAGACUGAAAUAAAGUAUAACUUUUGUUUCAUAAA